AUGACCGAGAUAACCCACCGAAGAAAGAGACUCGCAGAGGAUGACGAGGAAGACGAGCACCACAGCUCAAAGCGAAACCGCGCGGGGUCCAACGCCUUCAAAUGGCUCUGGUCGCCCUCGCCACCACCGGAAACCUCAACUCAGGGGCUCUGGACAUUCUCAGACGCCGAGAACAUAUUCCGCAGCGUACCACGCGACGGCGACACGCCGCGGUCCUUCUCGCAGCCGCCGGAGCCCGCAUUCAGACGAACCAGGCGGCGGGGCGCCAUUUCUGUGACUUCCUCUUCGCCGAGCGAACUGGAUCGUCAUCUCACGAUGCAGCUGCAGCAGCAAAUUGCGAUUAUUCGGUUAAAGACGGCCGCCUCUACGAGCAAUCUACACGCCCAAGGCAACGACGACAAGGGCGACGAGCUCGAGAGGGUACGGCGUGAGCUCGAGGACGUGCAGAUCGACUCGACUCUGCCGUCGCUCCUCGGCCUCUCAUUAGACUUUGACCGGAAGCUUGACUUCGGGUCCAGUCGUUCGCCGGAAGCUUCACAGGGAGAACCCGGUUCACCGACGGGCACCGGCUGCCUGUGGGAUUCCAAGGAGGCGAGAAUAAGCCGGCGAGAAGACGCAGGGAACAUGCGACAACAGUGCCAUGUUGGGUGUAGCGGCGCCGGCAGAGAGGGUCCAACGGGCCCCGGUAUGUGGAGGAGGCCGCGAACUUGA